AUGUGUUGUUAUUUAUCUUCCGUUUUGGAUCGUGGAAGUCGGCAAUGAAAACGAGUCUUUUGCUGAGUUUUCACAGAAUUACUUUAAUUUUAAUCGUGUGUUUUAUAUUUUAUGUCUUGUGGAAUUUAAAGGGUAAAACAGGUGGGAUGCGUGACCAAACGCUGGACUAUUUCUUCAGUCGGAGUUUUAUAACGAGGAUGGACGCUGCCGAGGUUAGCUGGUCGCAUGCAGCGAACAGCAGGAGCAGGCUGGCGGAGGCGCUCACAGGUCCUUCUCUUAUGAUUGAAGCUGACAUUGUCAUGAGAGGUCGUGAUCCCAAAGAGCCAAUCAUGGCACAUCCCCCUGAUACAGACAGUGACAUCACCCUGAGGGAAUGGCUGGAGGGAGUGAAAGAGUACGGCAAGGGGAUAAAGCUGGACUUUAAGAGCAUGGAGGCUGUGUCAACAUCUUUAGUCCUGCUGCAGGAGGUGCUAACUGAGCCAUACCGUCCUGUGUGGAUCAACGCAGACAUCUUCUCGGGUCCUGGGGGGCAGAUCGGACCUCUGGAGCAUCACACCUUCCUCUCUGGUAUGACUCAUCUUCCCUCACACACUGUGCUGUCUCUGGGCUGGACUACAGGAUGGACUGCUGGGACAGAUAAUCCAGGCUACAGCUGGGAUAUGGUUCAUAUGAUGGAGAAGAUCUGUAGAGACCUUAAACAUCCCGUAACAUUCCCAGUACGUGCAGCUCUGCUGGCCAAGUCCUUCUCCCAGCUGACAUGGCUGCUGAAGCAGUCAGACAGGUACACUCUAACUGUGUGGACGGGCCACAGUGAUGAGUUCUCACUGCAGGACUUGCUGCCCUACAGAGAAGAGUUUGCCACAAGCAGGAUUUACUUUGACCUGCCAGACUCUCUAAGAGCACGGAUCAUUUCAGCACAAUAAGCAAAUGUGAAUCCAGUGAGAAGUGGUCUGGCUGUGACAUUAACUGGUGCACCUGCAAGUGAAAACUAACUUCAUCCUGAAUUUAUCUGAAGCUCACUUCCUGUUAAAACAGAGUUCAUCCUGCCAACGGUCACCGACUGCUUGCUCAUAGGAAUCGUCUAUUCAUGAGGAUCCUCUGCGGUACUGUAAGGUGUCUGCCUCACAGUAUUAAGGCCAUGACAUUAAUGUUACUGGGCCUGGUGCAUUUCAAAUCAAAAGAUGCUCUAAGCCCACUUGGAUGUAAUAUUUUCUGUUUUCUCUACUGAUUCUUUUUUUUGGGUGGGAUAAAAAA